AUGGACUUUAAUAAACUUAACAUCAGUAGUUAUCUACCUACAAUGCCAUAUGUAGUACGAGAAUUAUUUGAUAAAGCGACAAAUAUUGUGAUGAAUUAUACAGAAACUGAAACAAAAGUGGUCGAGGCAACAAAUGAUGAAUCUUGGGGACCAGCAGGAAAAUUAUUACAAGAACUUUCUCAAUUAACGUUUUCGAAUGAACAUUAUAAUGAAUUAAUCGGUAUGCUCUGGAAACGAUGUUUCACUCAAGAUAAACGAUGUUGGAGACGAACAUAUAAGUCUCUUCUCGUAUUAUCAUAUUUGAUAAAAAAUGGUAGUGAAAGAGUGAUUCGAUCAGCUCGUGAACAUCUAUAUGAUCUGAAAAGUCUAGAUGAUUUCUCUUAUCAUGAUGAAAAUGGCAAAGAUCAAGGAAUAAACAUACGACAUAAAGCUAAAGAAUUAGUUGAAUUUAUUCAAGAUGACGAUCGAGUACGAGAUGAACGUAAAAAAGCCAAAGCUAAUCGGGAAAAAUAUGUUGGCGUGAGUCAUGAAGCAUCGUCCUUUCGACAUGAUGAUCGGUGGGAUGAUAAGGAUGAAUCGAAAACAAAAGAAUUCGAUGGACGCUGGAAAUCAAAAACUGUUGACGAUUUUUCGAAAGUGAAAGACUUCGCAUCUGAAGAUUAUUCACUAGAAAAAAGUAGUGGCAUCGAUCAAAAUAUGAAAUCAACGAAGAAAAAAGAUCAAAAUAAAAUGCAGAGUAGCAAAACAAGUUCAUCAAUAGAAACUCUAUCUUCGACUCAAAAUAAAAAGCCAUCAUCAACAAUUAAAGUACCAGAAGUUGAUCUAUUAGGUGAAGAUAUCGAUUUCACACCCUAUGUCCAAGCUUCACAAGACGAAGAAUUUGGUCAAUUUCAAGAAGCAAAAUCUCCAAGUCCUUCCGUUCAAUCGACACUUUGGCCAAUUUCAACAGAAUCCUCCUCUUCAUCAACAGCAUUCGAUCCGUUUGCAUCAUUUGAAUCAUCACCGAAUCUCUUUCAGCCAACUUUAUUUCCAUCUAAUCAACAAUUAUCUACAAAUGCAUCCAUGUUUUCACAACAAUCUGCUACACAGCCAACAACACAAACAAAGUCAAAUACGACUUGGUCAUUAGUCGAAGGAAAAUUAGAUAUAUCAUUAAAUAAUUUAAUUCCACAUACUCGUGGUGAUCAACAGAAAAAAAAUUUAACACUCAAUCAAUUAACUAGUCCGACAAAAUCAACUAACCUUGAUUUUACCUCAUUCAAUACGAAUACUCAAUCAAUAUUUUCUAGUAAAAAAUAA